AUGGAUUUUUCAGGAGAAUUUCAUGGAUGCAACUCAAGAACUUCCACUCUUGAACACAAGCCCACGCCUGGUUUCGAUGCGAGCACUUCGAGUUCAACUAGCAGCAGUUCUGUCUUCAAAAGCAACGAGAAAUCUAGUAGGAAUUGGUCUGAUCGGGGCUGUCUCGUAGACAGGGCUCGAGAUAUCUCCAUACGGGUGUGCCAGUUGUCCGUCUUCUGUGACUAUGCUACAAGCACCAUUCUGAGACCGAACUUUCCCUUUCUGGCCCUUCCAGGGGCUCACGAAGAGUCCUUUCCCAGCACGGAACCAUUUGGCUUUAGCGCUGCCACAUACUUUUUGCCAUUCACGUUUCUCCUUGGAGCUGCGAUUUGCUCCCCUGUCAUGGGACCACUUUCGGACCCAGUGGGGCGGAAACCUUGCAUUGUUUUUAGCCUAGUCGUGACAGCCUUGGGAGCCGUCGUCAAGUACUUGGUUCGACAGUCUUUCUGGGGAUUCUGUGUUGCGAACUUUGCACAUGGUCUCAUUGGAGGUGGUACAGCUCCUGUUUCCUUGGCCUAUGCUUCGGACGUAUCAAUCAGCCGGCAUCAGAAGGAUGCAGAAAUUGCAUUCAUGACGGCUCUUUCCAUGAUUGGCAUGGCCAGCGGCGGGGUCAUUGCGAUUUUGAUGGGAGACGAUCAAAGCCUCUUUGCUCCGUUGCUCGUUGGAGCUGGUUCCUGUGCUUUCUCCGCCAUGUUGGUUGUCUUCUUGGUCUAUGAACCCAGCACUCACAUGGAGCUACUAACGUCUCAGACUGACUCUCGGCAUCAAAAACCAAUCCUUGUUGGUAGCGAUGAGGAACCAGUUACAUGUACUAAGCAACUCCGUGAGACAACUGAAGCGUUCGACGACGAAGCAAGUGAGAUUGAUGUCGAGUCACCCGUGAAAGUCGAACCAAAUGUGACCAAAACAGGUGCCAAAGACCACGGCAAGGUGGGCAUUCCGCCCCCAGCAGGGCGGCUUAACCAGAAGGUGGUCUUCACGAUCAUUGUGGGUGCCCUUGUCGAUAAUCUCGGCUCUGCUGGAUUGACCUACAUUUCUAUUUCGCCCAUGGCUUUUAAUGCCUUCUAUCAUGACUUUGUUUCUCAAGGACAAGAACCCAUCAUGUCAGCCGACGCCUUCAAGCUUAUCCAGACCUUGCUUGCCUUAGCCGUUGUCCCUGGAGCAGUUGCAGCGCCCAAGAUUGUCCAAAUGAUUGGUUCUGCUGGUGCUUGUGUCUUGGCCAAUAUCAUGACAGCGGUGGUGAUUGCAGCAUUGCUAGGAGUUACCGAAGGGAUAGAUCCGUCACCUACUUCCUAUGCUGCUUUUGUUACGAUUCUCUAUUCUGGGUUUUCACUGGCAGUGAUUAGUCAAGUAUCGACCGGGACAAUGCUGGAUGCCAUCGCCCCUGAUGACAAGCGGGGAUAUGUGCAAGGUCUCAACCUGAUGAGUCUCAACUUGGCAUCUGCAGUUUGUCCCUACUUGCUUGGCGAGCUGGCAGAUCGUACUGGGACCGCAGCUUGCAUGUGGACAAAUGUGGGCAUCAGUGUUCUUGCUGCUGUUGUGAAUUCACCGCUUCUACAUGUCAGACAGCUUCAAAGGCAAAACACCGAAUGA